UUAAGAUUUUUAGAUUUUACUUUUUAUAGUAAAGUUUAAAUUCUUACAUUGUAAUGAUGUUUGUCACUCAGUGCGUUAUUCGUACUGAUUUUGUACUGAAAUGUUUUGUAAUGUUAUCAUAAAAUUAUUAACCGUUUGACAUGUUAUUUAUUCAUUAUUUAUUAUUACAAUAACAAUAUAUUAACUAUUAAGUAGCAAUUAUUAUUAUUCUACCCUGCCAUUAAAAUUAUUCCUGUAGCUGUCUGUCAACACUUUGCCAUGGAUCAAUUUCAGUUUUCGGAUUAUAACAAAGAACCUUGUCGAUUUUGCGGUCUCGACAAAACCGUCGGUAAAAGUUUAUUUAGCACAGAAGCCAUUUCCUGUGGCAUCUUGGAUAAAAUUUCUUGUUUGUUUCCAAAAACCGUGAUAAAUAUUUCAUCCGACGAUAGUUUAUCUCAGUUUAUAUGCUCGGAAUGUGAAUUGAUUAUCAAUUAUUUUAUGGACUUUAUGGAACUUACUAAAAGGACGCAAACAGAUUUAAUCAAACGAAAUCAGACUAACAGCAAAUCGAGAAUCACUCAAGUUCAGAACGCUAAUGAGUUUGAACGAUUACUAUGUCAUACAACUGGUGUUACUAAAGACAACAGUCAUGUGGUCAUAUCUGUUGAAUGCAAUGGACAAAUACAAUGCGAUGAAUGUAAUUCAAUAUUAAAACCUCACGAUUUACUUACACUGUACAUAGUUACGUGUGGACUCGCAACCGUACAAUGUCGAUGCAAGGAAUGUGGCCACACUGAUGAUAUCGGUUUGUUCUUACCAAACAAAGACGAAUCGAGAGUAUUAUGUCCUCGCUGCUUGUUUAUUUCCGAUCAGGCGGCCAAGGUUAUUUCACCGACAAGCAACGACACAAAAUCGGAGAACGACAACACCAAAAAGUCGUACGUUUGUGAAAUAUGCUCGAAAAGGUUCCGAUCUAACGGCCACAAAAAUCGUCACAAAUUGAUACACAGUGAAUCGAAACCUUUUCUCUGCGAAACAUGUGGCAAAUGUUUUAAUCAGCGGUCGACUUUGAAGACUCACACAGCUAGUCAUAUGAAUCUCAAAAAGUAUGUGUGCAAUUGGUGUGCACAAUCAUUUCGUUUUAAAUUAUCCUUAUACAGUCACAUGCUCAGUAAUCAUGGGCAUGUCGCGAAUAAGAUUUACGAAUGCGACAACUGUAGCAAAAAAUUUGUAACAAAAGAAAAACUUAAACGUCAUUCGACCAGUCAUUUCAAUAAUAAGAAUUUAUCUACAGACCAAUAUUGCACCAAGUCCUGUAAUCAAUCGGAAAAUACUACAGUGAAAACCGAGGAGCGUACAAACUCGGACAACGUGCUCUACGAUAAUGUUACGGUGCAUAACCAUGUGGAAAACUCGGAGUCUAAUAAAUUUCUUAACGAUUUGUUCUCACAGUCAUCAGGCCAGAAAGUUCUUGAAAAAGAUUAUAACAUAAAUACAAAUUUGGAUAAAAGUAACGCGUCAAAAUCCUCAGCUUCCGAUCUAUUUACAAAUCUUACAUCGCCAUUUCCAUUAUUUGUCAGAGAAGAAGAAUUCUGAAAAGCUUCGAACAAAUCAAAAAUAUAGAAUAGUGUAUCCUAUUUUGACAAGGUCUUAGUACAAGUGUUACUAACAAAACUAUGAAGGACCUGACGACGAUCAUAGAAAAGGAGUGAUGAAAUGACGGUUCAACUCAAAACUAUAUGACCAUUAGAACUACUAACGCCAUACGCAUAGAUAAAAAUAGUGUGUGCUUAAAGAAAAAUAUGAUAAGAUUAAUAACGGGUGAUUAGCAAGAUUCCAAAAAGAACUUAAUAUAUGAGAAAAAAUCAACAUUAGAAUCUUAUCGACUUGGACACGGCCAGAAGAAGAUGAUUAAAAUAGUUCUUUAUAAAUCAUCUAAAAAUUGUGCUGAAAAAUGUUUAAAUAUUUUUGCAGUUUAAAAAGACAUAAUUUUAAACAAUUUAAUAUUGCUUAAAAUAUAUUUUUUUUUUAUCAUAAAUGUGUUAUUCUCUUGAACUAUAUAAAUAAGGAAAAUUUAAUGCUACGAUCAAUGUGAUAUUAAAAUGUCAUGAACUCGUGCCAAAUUAAAAA